CGACCAUCUUGUCCAAGUUACAGUUCCGAGUACUGUCCUGGGUGUGUACAUACCUUCAACUGACUGUUAAACCUGCCCAACACCAUAAGAUAGACACCAUCCAGUCCAUCUUUCCAUCCAGCACACCUCUUUAAUAUCGAUUCCCUAUCCAUAUCCCCAUACUCUUUCCCCCCAAGUAUGACUUCAUUGACUUGUUGAGGCAUCUCGUAUUAUUGUCUCUUGUCUCCCGCAGUCUCAUCGAACACGGCGGCUCAGCUUGCUUCGCAGGUUCGAUAGAACGCAUUGAGGCCUUUAUAUAACUUCAUGAGACCGCAAUAACCGCAACAGUACAAUGGCUUCAACGGAAGUCCCUGGUGCCCAGGCUGGUGAGGAUAAGCCGAAUCAGCAAGCGACGAACACAAGCACGAAUCCAGUACUCUAUCUGGACGAAGCGCAGGAUAUAUCUCCGAUUACUUCACCAGAGUCGGCCGAAUCUAGUGAGGAGGAGGGUGAAGACACACCGACUGGGAGUGAACCCAAGAUAGCGAAGCGGCGGCUCUUUGGCUUUGGCAAGAAGAGGAAGGAUGACAAGGGAAAGAGGAAGGAUGUAGCCUCGAACGAGUCAAAUACACCGAGAUCUACUCCUGCGAAUCUCACUUUCGUCCCCACUACGCACCCAUACAUUUCACAAUCACCAACAAUCCGAAAUCUACAUUCGCCGUCCUCCAGAGUUGUUUCACCGGCCGGAUCUCAAAUCUUCGAACGUGAUGUACAGGAAGCUGCCUCACAAGUGCCGAACUCGCCAGCAAUUCCAGCCCAUAUACAGACCGAAGAUCACAUUCCUGCAGUACUAGAUGCCUCCUCGGAAGCCAUUACAGACAAUGCGCUAGACCCAGACACGGUUGAAAUCAUAAUGCACUCGUCGCACCAGCCAGCCGCAAAGAAUGUAACAGGGAUCGGUGGCAGCGAGGCUGCUGGCACGAACUGGUCAGAAGACUUGCUGGCACACCCUGAUAAGGACGAUGCGGCGUCGAAUUAUGGUGCGUUGGAUAGCGCAGACGUGAGGCGUCUGAGCUUCAUCUCCUUUGCAGACGUUGUGCAAUCAGAGCAAACCGAACACAUGAACAACAGGGACCCGAUACAUAUUGCAGGCCUUACCACGUUAUCGUCCGGGCAUCGCUCGCCCUCGCCAAUUAGAUCCACGGUAUCGUCGCAGGGGGUGGGAACUUCACCGCCAACCAGCAAGUCUGCAUCUAUCAAGGGCCUUGACCUAUCACCCACCCGCGCCGGGAAGCCGCUGGCGAGUCCUACCUUGAGCUUCCCUUCACCGACAACAGGCUCGGAGCUGACGAUUGAAUCCAUGAGCCAGGCGUUGAGGAAGACGGCGAGCGGCGAUUUGACUGGGACACGUAGCCAGCCCUUGAGCCCUAUUAGUAGUAUUGAGCCUCGAUUUCCAUAGCUUCCUUUGGAUACUUUUUGAGAGAGACAACUUGGGGAGUUUUUGGAUAUUUUGCUUCGGAUUGGCGAGCCGUACUUGGCAAUGGUAGGACGGUUUGUUGCUUAUAGCCUUGACCUUUUUAUUUUCAACCCUGCGGAGAUAUACCUGGGUGGCACUUGAACACUUGAUACAUUUGAGGGACAUGGAGUCUGGCAAGUUCGUUUCUGGCAAAUGAAUUAUGAUUGUCUGGCACAACACACAGCAGCCUUGUGGGGCAGCGGUGACACGCGAAAUGGGAAUUUGACCAUCUAUAAUAAAUCCUUUCUUUGUGAAUUUCCCUAGUAAAAUUAUAUCAGAUUCCAGUCAGAUUCUAGUCAGCUUUCCAGUUCCUGUUCAUGUCCGGCAGUGGGUCAGUGUAUAUCGAAUGUUUCAAUAAUAAAACAAUAAAAUAAGAUGCGUCUGAUUAGCACAGGGCCUUGCUCAAUUUCUCCGCACCCGAUCCUACCUUAUCCUAGACCGUAUGACGAUAAUAGAUAUAUGCU